AUGGCGUUGGCAAACAAUGCAAGAAAAGCCGAGGACAGACAGGCAGACUUUGAGGAGAUAGACAGCGAAUAUAAGACAAUGGGUCUGCGUAUCUUGCAGAUGCUCGAUGAUCGCAUCGAUGACCACCUCGACCAGCAGAGAAUCGAAGCGAUAAAGCAGGCUUCUCGAAACACGCAGCCUACCUCCACCACUUCCUCAUCCGCCGCAAAUGACGCGUACACCGGCAGUAAAAGUUAA